AUGUCUCAACCAACUUCUACUCCCCCCGUGCAACCUCCUCAUGCCACCACCGCCGCCCAAGUCGCCGGACAGUCCUCCUCCUCUUCCGCCCGCACCGCCGAACUCGCCAGUCUUAAAGUAAAGCUGCGCGAGGCCCUGCGCCAGUUCCCCGACUUCCCGUCCCCGGGCAUCUUGUUCGAAGAUAUCCUCCCGAUCUUCGCUGAUCCCGUUCUGCACGAAUCCCUGCUCCGCUGCCUCGAGCUCCACAUUCUCGAGAGCAACGGCGGCCAGAAGCCCGAUGUCAUCGUUGGUCUGGAGGCCCGUGGCUUCCUGAUGGGACCUAGUCUGGCCCUGCGCAUGGGUGCUGGCUUUGUCCCCGUUCGCAAGCAGGGCAAGCUCCCUGGUCCUUGCGACACCCAGGGCUACGAGAAGGAGUACGGCACGGACUUCUUCCAGAUGCAGUCCGAUGCGAUCAAGCCCGGUCAGAAGGUGAUCGUGGUGGACGACAUCAUUGCUACUGGUGGUUCGGCGUAUGCGGCCGGUGAACUCAUCAACCGCAAGGGUGGUGAGCUGAUGGGCUUCGUUUUCCUCCUCGAGCUCGAGUUCCUUCACGGACGGGACAAGCUGCCUGCCCCCGUCUACACUCUUCUUACUGGCCAGGAGACCAAGGCUUAA